AUGGAGAGGCUGAGAGCCCUUCGAGGUCUCUUUGCGUGUGUGGGCUGCGUGCCCAGGCGUACGCGUCGCAGGGAGAGAAGCAGGGUGUCAAGCCCUGCCCCUACCUGCGCCGCGACCUUACUGCUUCAGCGCCUGCAAGAUCAGGAGGGUGACCGAGCGCAGGCGUACUGUGAGCUGGAGAGCGCCCUGUGCCAAGACAGCAGCUGCCCGCCGUGCGGAGUGGUGAACCGGCUGCUGGCAGAGGUGUCCCGGGACCUGACGGCAGCCCAGGGCGUGACCAGCAAUGUCAAGACAGCUGCCAGCAAUGUCCUGGUGGCUCUGGCUCGGACGCACUUCACCUUGGUGAUGGCUGAGCUCCAGAGCCACCUGAAGGCCACGGGGGACAUGUCCAAGGAGUUUGUGCUCAUCACCCUGAGCAAACUCUUCAGCACCUAUGCUCCACAGUGCAUCCCCUUUGUGUGGCUGAUGCUGGCAGGCCUGCGCAGUGUGGUGGGCCAGGUGAAGAGUGGCCAGAUCCUGCGCAUCGCUUGUGCUGUUUUGAAACAGUGGCUGGAUGGAGUCAAGAAUUACUUGUCCUCAGGAAUGCAAUGCCCCUGGGCUGCCAUGGAGAAAGAGCAGAUCUAUGAAAACCUUCGUGAGCUGCUCUUCUCUGUGGUGUGGAACUGGCAGGACUGCCAGGAGGAAAAG